AUGUUUCAGCAAGGCUCAGGUUAUCUUGCUGCUGCUGCUGCAUACCCUUACUCAGACACCUUUGAUCAGGAUAUCAUCGCUUCGAGACAGGCUUUGCAAUCUACUGCCAGAACAAUCAGUGCCGAGGCCAGCUCCCGUCUUGCCAGCAUGGCUCAUCACUCUCCAGAACAUACCAUGUUGGCUCUAUCAAACAGGCCUGAAGUCCACCGGAAUGCCUCGAUAAGCGCUGCUGGGCUGUCUCGUCCUGCCUACUCUUCACCAAAUACCCCCUUUUAUCACCAACAGUGCGCAUAUCAGCCGGCUUCAGUGCCUGCUACGACUAUGGCUGCUUCCUCAUAUUUCCCAAAAUACCAGCAGACCCAGUUCUCUCAAGAGCAAACGGUCUCCUCAAACUACGUAUACUCUUCCGUUGACCAGUCAUUGUCAUCAUACUGCCAGUACCAAAUGACACCGGAUGGCUAUUACGACACUUACUUUCCUACUUCAACUAUGUCAAUGGCCUACACUCAACAACAAGAUGUAGACAUGACCUCAUCUACCUACGACGCCACGCCACUCUCACAUGCCCAGCACUCUCUACCAGCAAUGGAAAGCAAUACCGCCUUCUCUACCCCUGAUUUGCCCGCCAACCAGCAAUUUCCUGAGCCAAAAACCCCGCCUCCACCAACCUCGUCAAACUCUUCCUGCGAAAGUGUCCGAGAUGAAGAUGAUCUGGUCGGCGUUGGGCUUUAUGACGAGCCACUGCCCACGUCAUACUGGGACGAAUCGCUAUCCAGCUCGGUCGAUCCGAUCCUGUAUCCUUAUCCAACUACACGCAAAGGUUUGAAGCUAGAAGAGACUCUCGACCCAUCAACUUUAAACUGCAGUGAUAUGGACGCAGAUGGCGACGAAGAGGAGGAAGGAGACGAGCAACCUCAGAAGGAACAGCCUGUCAAGGGUUCUGGUGAACCCAGCAAUGCAAACAAUCUGAACACUUCAAAAGAAGGCCAGUUGUUCACAGUGGACGAUGAUACUUCAUACAGUAGUGCCCAGGUGAACUGGACUUCUGCGCCUCCGGUUAUGCUCAAUAGUUAUGCUGCAUUCCCUGGAUCGUACCAGAACGUCUUUCCUACUAUUUAUUGA